AUGGCACUCACGGACAAGUGGCGAACCGAGUGGGACAGGGAGCUUCGCCUUCUCCCCCAAGUCGAAUCCAUUGCCGACCACGACUUGCAGAUAACCGAAGAUAUAUUUUUCAUAUGGCAGUUCUUAAAGAUGUACCACACCUCCAUGCCGCACGUUCGGAACCUCAUCGAUUUCAUAACAAUUAAAAAGCCUGAGUCACUCAUAUGGGGCGAACAUAUUGACGACUACAUGUUUAGGGGAAUGGACAAGGGGCAGAGAUUAUUUAAUUUGUUAGUUUCAGAUGGAAAAAGAAUACAUCCCAGAUAUUCCAAGAAGAAAUUAUGCGAUACGUUGCUGUACUUUCGCAUAAAGAAUUACAUCAUUUUGGAGAAAAUAAAUACUGGCUCCGUUGGACAAGUUCACUUGGCUUUGGACAAAAACACAGACACCCUCGUGGCGGCAAAGGCCAUAGACAAAUCCACCGUGCAAGGCGAUGAAGAGCUGUUUCAAAAGCUAAAGGAGGAGAUCAGCAUUUCCUGCAGAAUGAAUCAUCCGUUUGUUGUAAAAACAACCAACGUCCUUGAGACGAGGGACAAAAUUAUUCAAAUUAUGGAGUACUGUGAUGGGGGCGACCUCAUAUCCUACGUCAGAAAUAAGCUCCACCUAGAGGAAAUCAGCGCACACUACUUCUUUCGCAAAAUCGUCCAAGGGCUCCAGUACAUGCACCGAAACAACGUGUCUCACAGGGACCUAAAGCCAGAAAAUAUCUUCUUAUGCAAAAGACAACUAAGUCAAAGAGAAAAGACGUUAAUACGAAUAGGGAAGUUACCAUCAUGCUCCGAAUACGAAUUGAAGAUAGGGGAUUUCGGAGCCUCCUGUGUUAAUGAAAAAAAUAAAUUACAUCACGAUAUAGUGGGAACCUUAAGUUAUGCUGCACCGGAGGUCUUAGGGUGUAACACCACCUGUGGCUAUAGCAGUCAAAAGGCAGAUGUCUGGAGCCUCGGGAUUAUCCUCUAUGCCAUGUUAUUCGGUUUACUCCCCUUUGACAACGAAGGGAAAAAUGUUAAAGAAGCUUACAACUCGAUUAUAAAAAAUAAAAUUGUCUUUCCCAAACAUAGGGUUAAUAAAAUUUCUAUGAAUGCUCGGAAUUUGCUCUCUGGCAUGCUCACCAUAAAUCCCACUAAUCGGCUGUCCCUUGAUGAGGUGUUGAACCAUGAAUGGCUAGCUGAUACGGGGAAAACCAAGUUGGAAGUAUCUCAGGUGCAUAAGAAAAUGAAUUUCCCCAUUUCCUCCACCGUCGCUUGUCCAGUUGGCAGCGGUAAGAACGACAUGGACUUUGAGACCUUUAAAAAAUUGUUUCUAAUCAAGAGGGAAAAUGGUCCUGCGGCAACAAACCUUUCCGUCCAUGGGGUGGUGCCAAGCGCGAUUCCGAGGGGGGCGCAAAAUAUGGUACACAGCGGGAUGCAAAAUAUGAUAUCCAACGGUGCGCAAAAUAUCCUACCCAGUGGUGCCCCAAACGGGCUGCUAAUAAACAUGCUACCGAGCGUUGUCCAAAACGUCGUGUCUGGUAUGGUGCCUCACGGAAUUCCAUGCGCCAUUCCUUUCGGAGCCCCCUACGCUACGCCAUACGCAAGUGCAAGCCCCAAGGAGAACGACAACUCGGGCACCUCCCCACGCAGCGAUAACGAGAAGGGUCAAGUGUGUCAUCUUCAACGAAGCAACUCGCUCAUGGCCAGGAGCGACCCCUACCACGUGAGGCAAAACCAAAAUCAAAACAUAAAUAAAAAUAAGAAGCAAAACAUAAAUCAAAAUAAGAACCAAAACAUAAAUCAGAAUAAGAACCAAAACUUAAAUCAGAAUAAGAACCAAAACUUAAAUCAAAACCAAAACACAAACCCUAGCCAGUUUUACCUGUACCACGAGAAAGGCGUUUUGAACACGCAGGUUAAUCCCCCAAAUGGGGGACAGCACAACACGGAGAACCCCGUCUACGCAGACGCCCUCCUUGCGCAGAAAAAAGAACAGGGGGAGACAUCAAGUAAGUAUGCGUUAAACGAAAAGCGUGAAGAGGGAGAAACCCCACUCAUGGAAACAGACAAAAAAUACACACAUGGUGUUAAAGAAGAUGAUGAUAACGAUGAUGAUCUUCAUGAUCAUGGGAACGAUAGAGUCAAAGUGGGCACACAAAAAGGAAUCACAAACCAUCGCAAGCAUGAUCAAAAUAACUACUACGUGCAGAAAACAUAUUUCAAAAAUGCUAUUCUGGACAAUACGUACGUCGAGGUGAAGAAUAACAAUCAGAGAAGUAGCGUCAACUACUAUGAAACUAAGCAACUGCAGUUAGAGCAUUUGGAAGAAAAUAAACUUAAGCUGAUGGAUCAAGCGAACAAGAACCCCCCUCUGUGUGCAAAGAAAAACGGCACUUACGAUUUUUACUUCAAUAAAAACAACAUGUACAGAAAUCAAAGCAACAAUAUAUUUCUUCUACCAUGUAGGGAGAACCUCAUAGGGAAAAAUAAUCGGUAUAGUAAUUUGUACCUGUUUAAAAGGGCGAACCAUUUUAACGUAACCAGCAGUGCGAAGUCUCCUCUGUUAAGCCAUUACGAUCAGUGUAAGGUGACAACAAGUAGGGAAUACGACACCAGUUGGAAGUUCAAAUAUGCUCCCAACGCGAGUGACGGACGAGAGUCCACCAUCACCUCGAAUUGCACAAACGUCACUCCUAGUCCUAACAACACACCAUCCAUCGCGAAAGUAAACGUCUCACCGAGGGACGCAGUAUUUUAUGAAAAUCCUAAUUACAACCAUCAUGUACAGUACAAAUAUUAUUAUUAUGAUGAUAAGGGGACUUAUGUAGGGUGUUUAAGCAACCAGACCAGUGGACGUACUUGCGCCUCUUCCUGUGUGCUGCUUGAAAAUCAAGUCAACUGUGCAGCCAAUAAUGCCGACUACACAAAGGAAUGGACAUAUAGAAGGGGAGUCUCCGAAUAUGUCCAAACGGGCACGUCCACUAACAAUAGCAAUUGCAAUAGUAAUAAUAACAAUGCAUGCUCAUCUGACCGUAAGAGGGAAGACCCUUUUGUUAAACACCGAGAGGGGGAAGGUCACACAAAGCUGCACAGCUACGAAUGGGGUAAAGACGUCGCAGGUGCUCUUUUAGCCGCUUCUGAAAAUAGGGCAAAUGUUAUGACCAGUGGGCAUGGGCAUCCACGUGUGGUGCAGCAAGUGGGGAGAGCCCCACAGGUGGGUUCAGAAAUGGGUGAGCACGCUCGUUGUGGAAUCACGGACAGUAGUAAUCCCACAAGGGACACCCUCCUCACCGACGGAACCAUCACAUCUAAGGUCAGCACACCCACGAAUAACGACACAGAAGUGCAAUUACGUCGAAAGAACCACGACGCAGGGGUGCAAUUACAUCCCAAGAACAACAACGCGGAAGGGCAAUUAUGUCCAAAGAACCACGACAGAGAACUUCAAUUACGUCCCACGAACUCCAAAAAGAAAGACACCUGUAUUAUUCUCACUAAGGAAGGAAUACUCCCCAAUGGAAAUAAACACUCUUUCCUUAUGAAAUCUCAACACGCAACAAAAAUUGUCAGCCUUGGUGAAUCUACCUGCGAUCAAAUGGACAUGGAACGCUUGCAAAUAAACCAACUGAAGGGAAACCCGAAGGGGAGUCAGCAAAAGCAAAACAAAUCUACCCUGAACCUGUUCAUCCAAAAGGGGAGAAUUAACGGAUGCGAAAAAAUGGAUAGAGCACAAGAAAAAGAAAAAAAUAUUUCACCAAGGGCUUACACCGAUGAGCACUCCGACAAAUGGAACAUGCAGAGUGAAGAGAAAGAUGAAAGGGCGGAAUUCCUUCCCAGUGGGGAUAGCCCAGGGCAAACUUACACUUCAAAUUCGCAAAACACCAAAAUGAAUAAUAACGCCGAUGAAGAAGUACAUGAUGCCAUCCAUCCAGCUGAACGGAAAACAGAAAAGGACAAUAACAGAGAAACACACAAAGGGGAUAAUAAUGCCCCCGGGAAAAUAGUUUCACUUCUUCCAGUCAAGGAUGAAAAUAAAAAUGUAACUAGCCAAGAAGGGAGUAACACACCAGGGGAAAAAGACGCCCAAGGAAACUGUAAACCCUCCCUCGAACAAAGCUAUAGCGAUGGAAGUGAAACGAAGACGAAAAAAAAAAAAAAAAAAAAAAUUAUCAGCAUUAAUAAUCCAAGUAAAGAAAUCCAACGACGUCAAUCCAAAAGUGACCCAAGUAGUGAUGACAAACAGGAAAAUCAGGUGGACAAAAAAAAAAAUAUAACUAACAGAAGUAGCAACAACAACCGUAGCGGCAUUGCUGGACAGAGUGGACAGAAACAUGCAUGUGGAGAGAAAGACACCAACAGUAGCACAAGGGGAAACCACGAUAGCACAGACACUGCUGUGGUGGGUGCGCGCAAAAGUUCAUGGAAAAAUGAGGGGGAAAAAAACAAAGUGGACAAGCGAAGAGGAAUGGUAAUUGAAAAUGCUAUAGAAAAACCUCACAUGCCUAACUUAUCCAAACCUGACCGUCAUGGAAAAGAGAAAACAAAUGCGCCGGAAUCCCGACGCUACACCAGCACAGACAAAACAACGUAUGGGCAUCUGGAAGUGGACAAAAAGUUAUGCAAAAACAAGGACAAAAUGAAACAAAGGGACAACAAAAUAUUUAAUGAAGAACAGAUAAACCGAAAAAACAAAUUUUUUUUGCUAAAAAAAUUGUACUAUUCGAACCAUAGGGACCUCCAUGUACUGCCCAACAGUGAGAACCAACAUGAGAGGAAACACUACAUCAAUUUUCAGAAAAUAUUUCUCCACAGGAAAAGGAAGACAGAUAGAACCCACAUCCCCCCUUUAAGCUACUAUAAAAAAAGUAACUUAUGUUUUAGUAAAAGGGUGAAAAAAGACAGAAAACAACGAGGCGAGGAAAGCAAAAAGGUCGUAAAGAAUCAAAUGGACGUAUGCCACAGAGCAUAUAACCCCCAAAGUAAAAAUGAUGUAAUAAAUAUCAGGCACUUCAGUGAAUGGUACUACGCGAACGGAUGUAGCCAACAUGAAUUAACAACAAAGGAGAAAUGGCAAUCCAAGGAAAGGGUUCCAAUUUAUGAUAAUGUGUCACCAUAUGAUGAACAACAGGUAAGUGAUAAGGAAUAUGUUUAUUUUUCCUCCAACAAAAUUGAGUACAUCAAAUGUGCCACUCGGAGAAGCAUUAGUCAGGAUAGCCACAACACAUACAGUGCUCAUUAUUACUACCGUACGAUGAGCGAAACGAACGGGGGGGUAUCCAACCAAGUUAGUGAAGCACCUGUCGUUAGCGCAGACAAAUCCAGUGCCAAGUGCAGUGAAAAAACAGACACUAUUUUGUGCGCCAAAAAGGAGAGUCAAAAUUAUAUUAGCAAAAGAGAAUGCGGAAUAAACAACCCUACUUGUGGAUUCAAAAUGAGUGUAAAGAAAUGUUCUCUUUCACAUGAAGCAAUUUUAUUUAACCGAAAUGGAAAUGUCAUGUUUCGAAAGAAUAACUUAGCUAACCAAAUGGGACCCCCUCAUCUGUCUUCAAAUUGUCCUUCCCAAGUGAAACCUACUCUUAGUCUUUCCAGUUACUAUAACGAAAAAGGGGUAAACGACAUGGGUAAGAUGGGAUUUACACGUAAAGACACAGAGAAACCGAAUGAAUGGGGGAACAGGCCUAUUCAGCCAGGGCACAAUUUGAACGUAAUCAUUGACAGGCACUGCGAAAAGAGUGGCACAUACACUAAGGGCGAUAUCGAAAGUGGAGGAUGCAUCCCCAAUUUGAAAAACCACGUUUUCCACCACUCCCCGAUUGACCAGUCGAUUAAAGUGCAUCAGACUCAAGAUAACGAAGCGACACACACGGAGAGCUCCCCUUUUAGUGCAGAGAACAAUGAGGAGGGAUAUUCCCCCGAGGAAGUAGGAUCCGCCAACGUGACUACCAGCAACGUCGGUACCAGCAGCGACAGUACUAGCAACGACAAUAAUCGAUGCAGAAGGAACAAUCAGGGAAUAACCACGGAGCUCCAAGAGUUACGCGGCGUCCUCACAUCCGACGCCACAAACAACUCAUACAUUGUGGACGAUGCAACUAAAAGGAAAGACUACACCUCCUUGUAUGACGACGUGAAGAAAUCGUAUUUGAUCAUUCAAAAUGUAAGCUAUAAAGAUGAGCUAACGAAAGAAAAGAUGAAAAAUAAAAACGGGGAAAGGAUCAUAACACGAUCGGAUGCGAAAGAGCAAAUCCAAGAGAAUGAAGAAAACGAAGAGGGUGGGCAGCUUCGCGUAAAGAGGACCUCUCGAACGGAACACUCUACCCCACAGCAGGGCAGCGAUAAAAACGAGCCGACUAAAAGUACAACUAUGAAAAUAUCAAAAGAUGAUAGCCGCCCCACGAACAGGAGGAAGGGACGUUCAGGGGAAGACGAGCAAGACAAGAGUUCAAAAGGUGCGGGAAAAAAAUUCCCUCCCCUUAAGCGGAAGAAGGGCCCCGUUUGGAAAAAUUCUCCAAGUAACCAUUCGGAAGGUAACCAUUCGGAGAGUAACCAUCCGCCAAGUAAUCCUCAAAAUAAUUACGUCGUGGAAUUCCCUAGAGAGUUAAAUAGAGACCUGUCUGAAGGGAGACAGGACGAAGAUAAAUCUCAACCACUUGGCAGUAGGGCCAAUCGAAAGGACACCCACUUGUUAGUAAUGGACGAUGGAAAGAACCCGCAUCUGGACACACAACACAUCUACAUGAUGAAUGCAAAUUUGAAAAAUCAGAAACCACAAGGUGAAAAAGAGAAACAUGAAAGGAACCAAAAAGGGAGUGUGCAUAAUGGACCCAUCAAGAGAGAACACCCAUCACAUGAACUCACAUCGAGCAAAACAAAUGAAAAGCUAACUAAAAAUAAAAAAGAGACAACCCUUAAGGAAAGAAAAACUGACAGAAGUAAACAGUUAGCAAAUUGGAACAUCUGGAACGAAGAGAAAAAUGACACCAUUCAUUCGAAGGAGAAACAUGAAGAUUAUCUAACCCAUAAUAGAAGCUACGAUUUGAAAAAUGCUCGGAGUAAUUUAUUGAGUAUGUCCUAUGAUGAAAAUGUAAGGAACGAUUACACAGAUGGUAACUUACUAGUGAACCCCGAACAUAUAGCAUCCAUCAAUGAUUUUAAAUCGAUUGAAAAUGAUGAAACGAACAAAAUGAUGUAUUACUACAAUUUGGAUUCCACCCCAGCCAACUUAGACUUUCUCAAUAAUCUCAUGUUCUACUCAUCGCAUAUUAAUCCAUAUAGGCAUUACAAAAAUAGCUACCUUUCAAAGAAAAGCUCCCUCACUCAGGGGGGUAACCUAACCAACUCCAAACAGAGUAGCGGUAAUAACAGGACUGAGCAAAGGAGUGACCACCAAAAUGUACCCACGUCAGUAGACCACAACUUGAGGAACUACCUCAAUUUAAACAAGACAUCCAUUCAGAAUUUCGCAAAAACGAAAAGAAAUUAUAUCCGUGAACAAAAUUAUGAGUACAAAUUCGGAACAAAAAUGGAUGAUCAGAUAGGAGCAAUAUCCUUGUACCCCAAGCUAAGGUGGAUGAACAUUUUUAGCAGAAAUUCAAGCAAGUACUAG